GGGGGGGGGGACCGCUUGUGUCCACCGUCGACUUGCCCCCAGAACUGAUUUUGCAGUCUAAACGGCCAUUCGCGUAAAAAGGAGUUGGCUAUCAGAGGUUGUUUCGGACUACUGUGCGUUUGUGCUCAUCACACACACACGCGCACACACACACACACACACACACACACACACACACACACACACACACACACUGGAGUUACCGUUAUAUCGGACCGAGGGGAUGAUACUUGUGCGUCUGUUUCGCAAUGAUUGUCGCCUAAUUUCCAAGGUCCGACUACGGUCUGCCAGACUUUGUGGAAACGGAUAUUAUUGUUUGUUGUCAAUGUUUAUCAUAUCCAUGGCAGUCUGCAGUGCAACUCAACACCAAGUGGAUCGCAAGAAAAGCCCGAGGAGUGACAACUGACAUUCUCACGACGAGCCACGAAAGCUCCGGAUCAACUUCAGAAACUAAAGCGCUCAAGUUUUACGUCUGGAAUAUAAGAAUAGAUGAUUCUCAGAGGACAGAAGACGAAAUCCACCUAGGCCUACAAAAUGUUCAAAAGGGGCUGUGGGCUGGAGUUCCUGCUGGUUCUCUGUGGGCUCGAGUUUUCCUGGUCCUGCCCCCGUCACUGUAUAUGCUACACUACACCCAGCACCGUCACCUGCCAAGCCCAUAACUUCCUGUCAGUCCCCGAAGGCAUUCCUCCUGACAGUGAGCGCAUCUUCUUACAGAACAAUAAGAUCCAUCGCUUACUUCGGGGCCACUUCAGCUCCAACACGGUCACUCUCUGGAUCUACUCCAAUAACAUCACAUACAUUGAACCGUCCACCUUCCACGGCUUCACGCUGCUCGAGGAGCUGGAUCUGGGAGACAACCGCCACCUGCGCACCUUGGCUGAAGACACCUUUCACGGGCUGAAUCGCCUCAAUGCGCUUCACCUGUACCGUUGUGGGCUCAGUUCACUACCUAAUAACAUCUUCCAAGGCCUCAGAAACCUGCAGUAUCUCUACUUGCAGGAUAAUCAUCUGAAGUUCCUGCAGGAUGACACAUUUAUGGACCUCCACAACCUGAGCCACCUGUUCCUGCAUGGAAACCGUCUGUGGAGCCUGAACCAGAACACCUUCAGAGGCCUUCGAGCCUUGGACCGACUGCUUCUGCACCAAAACCAGAUCGAGUGGGUUGACCGCCUGGCCUUCCAUGACCUGAAACGUCUCACCACCCUCUACCUGUUCAACAACACCCUGAUACAGCUGUCUGGACAGUGCCUGGACACACUGCCGGCAUUGGAAUACCUGCGCCUCAAUGACAACCCCUGGUCAUGUGACUGCAAGGCCCUGUCGCUAUGGGAAUGGUUGAAGCGUUUCCGAGGUUCGACAUCUUCAGUGAGUUGCCAGGCGCCGGCCGAUAUGGUUGGGAAAGACCUCAAGGAGCUGCGCAAGGAGGACUUCCCCAACUGUUCACCAACUGUACCUAAUUCUGAGUCCAGAGCCCAGACUAACAAUUUAUCUGGCACGGUGAAUCCGUCUUUGAAUCGUGGUGUAGUGGUGGGCUCUGGAGGGCAGACCCACAUAGUGCACCCCUCGAGGCCUGGCCGUUCUCGGAACUGCACAAAGCCUCGUAACAGGGUGAGCAAGGGGAAGGGUGACAAUGAGGUUCACCACUCAAAGGAGGUCAUGGCAGACAAGGAGGAUUCCUCCCCGGAUUUCACAGACGGGGGCAAACAUGACCACACAUCCCCAGAUGGCACCAUCACACGGAGGAAGCACAAGUGCACUCCCCGGACCACUGUUCGCCCCCCUAGUGGGGUUCAGCAAGCCAACAAUAGGGCAACCUUAUCCCAGUCAUUACUACAUGUCUGUGCCCUCUUUGUAGCCUUGAUAACGACCAAUAUUGACUUCAUUCUCCGUUGACCCUCAGAGGGUUUGGCAAAUGCUAAUCACAAACACAGCCCUCAGACCCUCUCUUGCUCCUGCACUACAAGGCCUGUGUGUCUUUUGUGUAUGUGUGUGAGUGUGAUUAUAUAUGUAAAUGUAGUGUCGGGAGCUUUACUGUUCAGACUGAAACAGGCAUCAAACAUCUACAACAGAAAGACUUGCAGCACAAAAAUCGAUGAGACUGAGAGACAGAGAAUGAUAAAAGGUUCAUGCAGACCAAGCUUGCACUGCCACUUAUGCCGGUAUGAUUUCAUCUCCAUGUGUUGGUAGCUUAUGUAUUUUUUUAACUUCUGUUGGUGAAAAUGGAGAAAAAGAGAAAGAGAUAACAUAUUUGCUAGUUAGCUCUGAGACAGAUAAGCUAAAUGCUUUAAUUGUCAGUUCACAGUUUGUAAAUUGCUAUCAAGAAAGUGCAAAUGGUAAGUCGAUGACCCUAUAAAGCCUCCGGCUUCAGUCCUAUCUUACUCUCAUCCUUUUCUGCCAAAUGUAAAGUGUAAGCAUGGCAAUAAAUUGUCAGUCAGUAUUAGGCAUAGGAAUGUGCCAUUAUCACAAAAUGGAAAUCUAUAGCCACAGAUAUUUUAAGGCUAUAAACAGAGCAACCACUGAAUACACUGUAUGAAGCCAUAGCAAAUUGUAACAACUACUCUCUAUAUAAUGGCGGAUUUUUUAGGUACUAUACCAACCUUUCUGCGUACUUCAGUGUUUUUUUAAUUAGUAUUAGGCCUACGUUUCUCACACAGCUCGGCUUCCAUCUUCAUUCACACCACUUUUCUCCUUUCUUGCAACUGAAUAUUACGCUGCUAAUUGUUUUAAGAUGACGAGGACUACCAUGCGCUAUUUUCAUUUGCUUGGAAAACAAUGUGUGUCUCUGGGAGAUGUGAAUAUUGAAGAAGUAUGUCUAUAUCUUGUGUCAGAUGUUGUUCAUUUGAUUUUUCUAAGACACAAAAUGGACCUACGUACAGUAGAGACGGAUCCCUGCUGCGGGGCCAACAAGAGCCUUAGAGGUGGAGGGUCAAAGGGGGCUUUCUCAGUUUCCCUGUUAUGUCGUGCUGAACUGAUCCCUCCUUAGCGACCUCCCCCAUUGAGAAUGUGAGGAACACAUUUUGUUUCUUACACCUAACAUCACUUAACUUCAAAAGGAAUACGAGAACAAGACUCGAGAAAAAAAAAAAAAACAACGUGUGUCUACCUUCAAUAACUCGUGAUCAAUAAAAGAUUUAAAAAAAAUAAAUAAAUAAAUAAAUAAA